GGUUCAACCAGAGUACACCAGCUCAUCUGCAUCUGGCCUCACAGGACAGGCAGGAGGCAGCGGCGGAGGAGGAGCGGGCGGGCGGGCGGCCAGGAGCUGCAGCGGCUGCCACGUGAGCGCACAGCCGGGGCCGCGCCGCACCGCGCCGCCCGGGACGCCAAUGCCGGGCCGGCGGCGCGCGGGGCUUGCUCAUGAGGCCUCUGCCGAGCCGGAGGAGGAAGAGCCACGGCCUCUCGCUGGGAGUCUUCGCCCUCUGCUUGGCCGCUGCCUGCUGUCUGCAGAGUCAGGGGGUGUCCCUGUACAUUCCCCAGGCAGCCAUCAAUGCCACGGUGGAAGAGGACAUCCUGCUCUCGGUUGCAUACUCCUGCCAUGGCAUCCCCACUAUCGAAUGGAAGUAUACGUCCAACUGGGGAGUGCAGAAGAUCGUGGAGUGGAAGCCAGGGACUCAGGCCAACAUCUCCCAAAGCCACAAGGACAGGGUCUGCACCUUCGACAACGGCUCCAUCCAGCUCUUCAGUGUGGGUGUGAGGGAUUCCGGCUACUACGUCAUCACGGUGACCGAGCGCCUGGGGAGCAGUCAGUUUGGCACCAUCGUGCUGCACGUGUCGGAGAUCCUCUAUGAAGACCUCCACUUUGUCGCUGUCUUCCUUGCUCUUCUCGCUGCCGUGGCUGCAGUGUUAAUCAGCCUCAUGUGGGUUUGUAAUAAGUGUGCGUAUAAAUUCCAGAGGAAGAGAAGACACAAACUCAAAGAAAGCACAACGGAGGAGAUCGAGCUGCAAGAUGUGGAGUGUUAGCCAAGGCUGGGCCCAGUUACAUUCCUACCUCAAGAGGAAAACGUUAUCUCCCAAUGAAAGGAGCAAACACGGCCAGUCCACCCCGAGUCUCUUGUGCCACACACUGGUUCCUGAUGGGACAGCUGGAUGUUGGCACGGUUGACCGCCUGAGCUGGACUCUGGAUUGGACGAAGGCAGUUCCAGUGGCGUGGAGUUCAAAGAGGAGAGGGGUGGAGGCUCUGAGCCAGAGCUGUGCUUGGCUGCGGCUCCCGGGCCAUGUGGACGCAUCAGCGGUGGCCCCGUGCAGGCCCUGGCUGCUUCCUCACUACGCUCUGCUCUGGCGGGGCGAUGGCCAUUGGAGGGGUCCCCGUACCAGAGGCCAGAGUACUUCCGGGUCACGUGUGCAGCCAGCACCAGAACAAGCUCUCUGUGCUCCGGUCUUCUCUGCCUGUGGCCUCCUCCAGCCCGCUGCUGUGGGAGCUAUUGUGAGAGCUGAGGUAUUAGAGCACCUGCUCAGAGCAGGGGAAGGACCCCCCCCCCCGCCACCUCCGUGGCCUGGAGCUUUAGGGAGAAGAGUUUAAUUUGUUCCACGGGAACCAGCACUGGGAACAAGGAAUAGGGAGAAGAUUAUCUUUCUCGUUCUCUCUUACUCCAAUGUUAAUUAGAUUUUCCCCUUCUACGGCCCCAGCGUAGGCCAGUGUGAGGAACAGUUCAUCUCCACCAUGGGCAGAGUCUGGCUUCCAAAUGGCCCCCUGACAAGCUGGGUGACACUACCUGUGUGAAGGCACGGUGGGAGGGACAACUGGAAAGUCAGCGCGGGCUUCGAAUCUGUCCCCCUCAGCCACUCACACUUCCUGUCAAGUCAGAGCCUUGCUUGCUGCCAACUGGGCUGAGGAACACUUGACCCUCACCUACCUCACCCUCAGCGUAUCAAGUGAGGCCCACAGUAGCACAGAGCACUCCGAGCAAUGGAAGGAAAGCAUGAGGAAUCUUCCAGAGCCUAGAAAGCAAUAAGCACUAUGUUGAGUCCUGGAAAAUGUAAAAUACCCUGGGGUAUUGGGGCUCCAGGUGAAAGUGGGGAUCACAGCCGGCCUUGGUCGUUAUUCUCUGAAGUUGUUGGCCACCACGUUUGCCUGAGUUUCUCCAUCCCAGCUUCCUUUCGGCAAGCUCUAAAGCAGGCAUGAAUUUAUCUUCCAUUCUCUUUUCCCUCUCCAACAUUCUUAGCUACAGAUCAAAGGUACCAUCCCGAUUAUUGGUGGAAUUUGAGCUUAGUAGCUGUGUCCCCAGCCCUCAGCUGCAAAUUUACCCACACAAACAUGAAGGAGAGAUAGAACAUUCUCUUCUCCCUCUCUUCAAGUCCCCAGUGUCCACAUCUUUUCCAGAAGUUACCUGGAGACGUUAGUAUGAGGCUUUUUUCCCUGAAUACUGAAUCCGGGGUUACAGGAAGGGAUCUUUUGGGGCUAUCAGUGAUCUAGAGCAGAGCUCCAAAGGCACUACUUUGACUCAGAAGGUGAGAGAGCAGUUGAUCUACACGACCGAUUUGUAGCCUAAGUAUGUGACACACAGAAGGGUCUCACCUCAGGCCACCUCCUGGACACAUGUGUAAACACACACACCUGCACCCUUUUCCCUGGACAGCAAUCAGAGGAACCAGACCUAUGCCACGAAGGAUGGGUUUCUUAUACUGGUCUCCAGUGCCACGAAGAAGCAGGACAGGUGCCCGAGAGGGUCAAGGAUAAUCUGAUCAUUUCUUCAUCCUUUUUCACACAGCACACCGAUCAGCAGGAAACUGGACUGGAUCUGGGUAGCUGCUACAGCCUCUGUCCUCUUGACACUACCUGCUUUCCAGAACUCUACCUCUCAGCUUAUGAGAAGUCAGGGGUGGUAAUCUUUGGAAUAAAAGGAGAAAUGGAAAAGAACACCCAGCGAGAGGCACAAACCCAGAUGUAAAUUAAAUCUGUGCCCUGCCCCGCCCCAAAUCUUCAUGAAAGUUUAUUCCCUCAGCUUUCCGUGUCUUUAUUUUGCACUUUUAAGCUCCCCCCAUCUUGAAUAUUCCUGUGGAAAGUUCUUGAUUCUUGAGCCUGGGGGUUUUGUCUAUUUUAAAAAAAAGAAAAUGUUAAAUCAUAGAGGUUUAGCCACUGAACAUGUUAAACUAUAAGUUAUGUUUCAAGCUG